AAGACUGGUCAACUCGGUAUUGGGUGACUAUAUCAAUGACUUUGUAACUGUCUACCUAGAGGACAUUUUGAAUUUUCCAGGUCGGUCACCCAACACCAGCAGCACGUCAGAGCCAUGCUUCAGCGCCUCAUGGAGAAUAGACUGUAUGUAAAGGCAGAGGAAUGCAAAUUCCAUGUCUCUGUUGUUAAGUUUUUAGGUUUUGUUCUGGAGAGUGGACGAUUAAAGGCAGACCCCGACAAGGUACAGGUGGUUGCAGACUGGCCCACACCCACAACCCGGAAGCAGUUGCAAUGGUUCCUGGGAUUUGCCAACUUUUAUCGGCGGUUUAUCCGUAACUAUAGCCAGACUGCCGCUCCUCUAACCCGUCUCACGUCCCUCGCUAAACCUUUCUCUUGGUCUCCAGAAGCCGAGGCUGGGUUCCGAGCCCUCAAGAGGAAGUUCACGGAGGCUCCAGUUCUCACCAGACUGGAUCCAAAGCAGCAGUUCACCCUAGAGGUGGGCGCUUCCGACACUGGGGUUGGAGCCGUCCUGUCACAAGUAUCGCCCUUGGACCAUAAACUCCAUCUCUGCGCCUUUUUUUUUUUUUGCAAUGGUUGACACCAAUGGAGAGCAGGUACGGCGUGGGGGAUUGGGAAAUAUUGGCAGUGAAGCUGGCCCUCGAAGAAUGGAGACACUGGCUGGAGGGGGCGGAACACCACUUUGUUAUCUGGACCGACCAUAAGAACUUGAUUUACCUCAAGGAAGCUCGAGCGAGCGCAUGAAUCAGGAGCUGGGAGCCAUGCUGCGCUGUGUGUGCUCCACCAAUCCCGCCUCCUGGAGCAACCACCUGGCCUGGAUGGAAUACGUCCACAACAGCCUCAUGUCCUCGGCUACAGGUCAGUACCCCUUUGAAGUUUCCCUUGGUUACCAACACUCUCUGUUUCCCUUCCAGUCUGACUCAACCACCACCACACCACAAUUUCUCCUCCGGGCCCGUCGUGCCUGGACCGCCACUAGGGCCGUUCUUCAGCACACUGCUGAAAAUAACCAGUGGUUGGCUGACCGACAUCGUUGCCCGGCAUCAGUCUACACUCCUGGACAGAAGGUCUGUUGUCCUCAAAGGAUGUGCCCCUCAAGGCCACAUCCAGGACAUUUUCCUCUAGGUUCCUUGGCCCUUUUAAGGUUGCAGCGGACCCCAGUCCUGUGACCGUUCGCCUGGACCUCCCACGGUCCCUCAAGAUUCAUUCCAAGUUUCAUGUGUCCUUGGUCAAGCCCGUGGUCAUCAUCUCUCUCUGUCCGACCCCGGACCCGCCUCCGCCUGCUCAGCUCUACAAGGGGGGUUUGGUCCACCAGGUUCGGCGGAUCCUCGACUCUCGUCCCCGGGGAUGGGGGGUGCAGUACCUGGUGGACUGGGAGGGUUAUGGCCCGGAGGAACGUUCAUGGAUCCCCCGGCCGUUCAUCGAAGAUCCCUCCCACAUCUACUACUAUGAGGCCUCUAGGACCGCUACUGGGGCGUCAUGAUCCAUGAGCCGAGGUGAGCGCUCCUCCUCACUAAACCAUCUUUGAGGUUCUCUUUCCACAGGUAAGGAUCGGAGGGGACACCAGCUGUGCUGCAUUCGUAAUCAGAGGCUCUGGUAUAAAAGGAGGAUGGAGACACCACUCGACGCCGGAUGAUUGCUACAUUUUUGGAAUACCAUCUACUCCUUCACCUACUCUGCCGAGAACCCCGGAUCUUCAGGACCACGUCCCAUCCUCCUCCAUGACUCCUGCUCUUUUCCUCUCCGCUUCCUCACUUUCCCCACUCUGCUGGACCCCCGCCCUCGCUCACCCCGGCUCAUCACCUGUUUCGCUGCUCGCUGAGCUUGAACUCUGGACUAUCGCCUUACGGCACCCUACUCACUGGACUCCCAGUGCAUCUUUAGUUCCCGUUCUCCAAAUAAAAGACUUUAUUUUUGCUUA